AAUCCCACUGAGUUGACACUUGCUCCACCUUCGAGAUCUAAGAAUAGACCAGCCAACAUGGACUGCUCUGCUCAAAGAUCGAGAGACUCCCCGGUAACAUUUUGAUCCAGUUAAGAAUGAAAAGAUUUGCUCCAGAGGAUUUUUUUUUUAUAUCUGUGUUUGUGUAUAUGCUCUUGAAUACUUUAAUGACUUUUUACUUUGUUGUCUUUUCCCCUCCCAUUGGACUGUGGUUUUCUUAGACAUACUAAACUGAGUUAAUAGUUCUGGAUGCUUGAAUUAUUUUUUUAAGCUGCAUUGAAUCACUGAAUCAAUUUCCCAAACUUUAGAUGAAUGGAACACUCUCAGUAUGAUUAAUGCAAUCAGAAAGUGUUUCAUAAUGCUCAUUGAAUGCUUGAUCUUGUGGUUGAAACAAGGAAUUAAAAGGCUGUUGGGUGCUAAUUCAGUUGUAAACAACUGGAUAGCAUCCACCCAAAUCCCUCCUAGAAGAUUCUAUCAAGCAGACUCAGAGUGGAAAACCAAUGAGGCCCUCCGCACAUAUCACCUAGGAGACAAAAAUGGAGCCAAGGUUACAAUCCAAACUAGCACACAUGCCUUUCAUGUGGACCUCCGAAAGCUUUCAGAGUGCAGCGAGUACUUCAGAGCUUUGUCCCAGUCCAGCAUGAGAGAAACCUCAGAGAGCCACAUUCAUCUGGAUCACGUGUCCUCCUCCAUUUUCCACAAUCUCCUUGAGUUCUGCUUCAAUCAUGAUUUUAAUGUUCCCCGAGAAGAACUGGGGGUACACAUCCAGGUGGGCAGCUAUCUUCUGGCUGAAGCCUUCGUCUCGAGGUGCCUGUUAGCCCUGGCACAUGAACUCAGUCCAUCGAACUGCUUAUCGUACUUGAGCCUUGCUCAGGAAAUUUUCUGUCUACAGCUGAAAAACACGGUGUUCGCUUAUUUGAGCCGGAACCUUCUGGAACUGCAACACGUGAUCAGGUGUCUGUGCGAUGAGGAGAGGGAGGAAGUCAUCAAACUGAGAGCAACAGGAGAACUGUGCCUGUGCAGCCUCAGGAAAGAAAACCUGACUUCCUGGAACGACCCGGAGACAGAACGUGCCCGGAACAUUUUCACCAUGAAACUUUCAGAGGACAGUGAGGACUGGCAUUCAGUCACAGAGCUUCCCUUCAGGGCCGAUAAGUGGUGUUUUACUGUUGUAGUGCUGUAUAACUACUUGUAUGUCAUAGGAGGCUACAGGCAGCGCAGGAAGAGAGGCUGGGAGUUCAUUAUGGCUUCCUUUAGGUAUAAUCCCUUUAACAAUUCAUGGGUGGCUACAUCACCUCUGAUAAAGCACAGAAGGCACUUCAGUGCAGUGGCCUGUGAAGGCUUUAUUUAUGCGUUUGGAGGCUGGUAUUUGGAUUCUCUGGUGUCUCCAGACUCCAGUACAGCUCUGUACACAGCAGUGGAGCGAUACGAUCCAUGGGAGGAUACAUGGAGGUUUGUGUCCCCAUUACCACUCACCGACUUCCAGUUCACCCUGUCGUUAUCCCAUGACGUCCCCCUCACUGCCAGCCUUGGAGAGUGUAUCUAUGUGCUGGGGAGCAUCCAGAGGACAGGAGAGAAAUUACUGUUGCAGUACAACACAAAGCAAGACUCAUGGUCUGAACUGCUUCCCACCUUGACGAGAGCUGAUGUAGACCUUCCUACUCUGUACUUCCUGGGCGCUGCUGACGAGCUGCUUGUGAUUGGUGGGAACAACUCAAGGAAUGUGGUGACAUCAUUCCAUGUAAAAUCAAAAAGAUGGGGGAAGAUCCACAGAACAGAAAGAGUGUCAUAUGCUGGACAGGGGACAUUUGUAGGUGACCAGCUGCUGAUGUCCAGUAUUGACCACAACACUGUUGUGAGGCUGGAUCUCUCAACCCUAACCAUCAGGAGGCUCCCACCUUUACUUGUCCCCAUGCGUUAUGAGGCUAUCUUUUACCUUUACUUUUAAUGUUAUAGCUCACUGGUUUACCUAAUAUAUACCUUUGUUUAUGGAGGAAUGAGACGGUCAUUUUAAAUGAUUUAAAUAUUUUAUUUUAUUUCAAAAUCACCUUGGCACUCAAUGUUUCUUGGUGAUUUUUAAAGGUUUUUGUAGUAUUAGUGGCCUUUAUUUGCAAUUUUUAGACAAAAUAUUAGCAGAAAGGAGGGAGAAAUGCAACAAAGGUCCCAAAACUCAAAAUCCUGGCCAGCUGUUUUAAGGACUAAUCUUCUCAGAAUAUCAAUCUGAGAAUAUUAUCCACCUGAUCUUAUAAUGCUGAUACCAUUAUCCCCUUGGUGCUUUCUUAUCUUUGUCAAAUAUUAAGUUGUUUUCCUUUGGAUUUGUUGGGAUCUAUUCUCUUUUAAGAUGUUUCUGAUUAAACAGAUUAUCCACAGCUAAUCCAGACAGCUCAUCUCUUUGGUUAUUGGUGCUUAAUUAGUCUACAUCACAGUUAAUUUGUUUGUAUUUAUUUAAAAAAUAAAUGAAAAUAGCAGCACUCUGGAGCACCCCAAUAUGCAGGCUGCCACGGUUUAAGAAUUACGGAGAUAGGAAAAGAUGGAGUCAAAACCAUUAUGACAGACUGGGAAGGGUUUUUUUCAGAAUGCGGUUUGUCAUAAUGCUAGGGUAACUAUAUGCUAUUUCUAAAGCAUCUCCACUCAGUAACAUGAUAUAGUGUUGGUGUUAACUGUGCAUUAAAGGCAACUAGUAGCCAACUGCUUUAUAUAUAUUAAGAUCAAGGCAUCACAAUGUACUGAUAUCUGUUUUUGUGUUUUCCAGUGUUUCAGCUCAUAUAUGUAUUUGGAACAUUAAAAAUUCCCUGAAUCAAGA